GUGGAUACUGAGUACAAACAUGGCAACAUUUCACACAACAAAGGAAGGGAGGCUUACGCGCAAGAACCGUUGACGUCGUAACAAAUCGUAUAUUUGUUGAUAAUUAUGUUAAGUUGUUUUUGAUUUACUACGAAAUAUGUGUUUUUAAAUCAUCACGACCAAGAUGGAACUAUAGAAGGAAGACUUAUUCUGUACAGGUUGUGAGGCCCAUCUCAGGGCCCUUUGGUGGUCAGGAAGAGAAUGCAUCGAAGUGGGGAUAAGGAAUUUCAGAUAUCUGCUAGGAAGAUGGGCACUUCCUUGCUCUUCCAGCUGUCAGCUCAUGAACGAGAAUUGGAUUUAGUUUUUCUGGACCACAGCUAUGCCAAGCCAUGGAAUGCCCAUCCAGAUGCCAGCAGUGCUAGGCCCACAAGGACAUUGUUUGUUACACCUCGUCGUCAGGCUGAACCCACAGUAGACUCUGAGUCUGUAUUAGAUGUGGAAACAGUCACACCAAUGCCUGUUCCUCUGUACGAUAACCACAAAGCCCUAAGUGUAAUGAAGGAGUGUGAGCGACAUGUCCUCUUUGCCCGCACUAUUGCUGAGAGCCCUCCUCCACCAGAAGACUGGGAAGAACAGUUGAACAAGACUGGAUGGUCAGUGGCUCAGAAUAAACUGUUCAAUAAAGUUGUUAAGGCCCUGCAGGCUGAACGACUGGCCCGCCUGGCCAAUGAAAAUACAUCCAAUGAGCCAAUUUUACGGAGGAUAGCAGUAGAUAAAUGUGCUCGGAAGGUUCGUCAAGCAUUAGCAAGUGUGAGCUGGGACAUCAAACUGACACAGUGGUUACACACCACACUCAUUGACUCCUUAAGUCUUGCCAUGCUUGCGGCAUACCUGGAUGUGCUGCAAACUCUCAAAAGCAAGCUGCCCUCGCUCAUUGACAGAAUGCUAAUGCCUUCAGCAAAGAGUGGCACAGCAAGCACGGAGGCUCUGUCUCUGCUCCUCAAACGGCCUUGGGACCCAGCUGUUGGAGUCCUAUCUCAAAACAAACCAAGCAAACUACCUGGUUCUCCACUCAUCCUCAUUGCACCAUCUGGACCCUCUUAUUCUGCCCUUUCCCCUUCACGACGAAUGAGAUUCUGGCAAUCACAGCUCUCCUGUUUAGGAAAAGUUGUACCUGUGCACACUCAUGUCAACAGUGGGGCUAACAUUGGCGUUACUCAGUGUCUGGAGCACAUGUUGGGCACUGUACGGGCAAAAGUCAUGGAGGUUCACAGUCACUUCCCGCACAAACCCAUCAUCCUGGUUGGAUGGAACGCUGGCGCUCUAAUCGCUUGUCAUAUAUCUCUGAUGGAGUAUUUGUCUGCUGUAGUGUGUCUUGGCUUCCCUUUGUUAACAGUAAAUGGACCAAGAGGGGAUGUGGACGACCCACUUCUGGACAUGAAGACCCCAGUGUUGUUUGUGGUCGGCCAGAAUGCUUUGCAGUGCAGUAUUGAAGGUAUGGAGGAAUUCAGGGAGAAGCUGAGGGCUGACAAUAGCAUGGUGGUGGUUGGAGGAGCAGAUGAUAACCUCAGAAUAAACUCUGCAAAGAUGAAAUCGGAGGGCCUGACGCAGACCAUAGUGGACCGCUGCAUUCAAGACGAGAUAUCUGACUUCCUGUCAGGUGUCCUUACAAGGUUGGAAAGCCACGUUCUGGGUUCUGGAGAGAUGCGGGACCUGGACACUGAGAAAAAGAAAAGGCCCCGACGGGAGCUCCCUUUUGACAUGGAAAGAGGACGACCGUCCUCCCCUGCACUUAGAGUUCCUGUUUCUCCAUCAGGUUCAGAGGAUCUGUCCAGCGUCUGUAGCAGUCCCACAUUAAGUCCAAAACCCAAGACGUCCGGUCUGUCACCAGCCCAGAAGUCCAGUUUGAUCACAGCUACACAGCUCCUGAAGACCCAUAUGCAGCGCUCUGGCACAGUACUCACCCACAAACAGGCUCAUGCUCAGUUUGCUGCUUUUAUGAAACAAAAUGUGCCUGUGAGGAAAAACCUUCCUCCUGGCACCUCUCCUUGUAUCUUUGUGCCCCUGACCUCUGAUCAGAUGGAGGGCUUUGACAGAGAUGAGCUACGGCCACAUGGCAAGAGGAGGCAGGCCCCCAGUCCCACAUCAAACAAAGCCUCCAAGAGAGCAAAGAUCAAAGUGACCAUUGUUUCCCAAGGCGAGUCAGCAGGGGGCACUAUCAGCCCCGCUGCACAGGAAGCCAGUGUCUCUGGGAAGCCUUUGACAGUGACUGUAGGACAGACAGUGGCUGGAGCCAAGGAGCUCUCUGGACUUCUAACAGGCCAGCGGUCUGGUAGUCUCUCAGAGGUGUCUGGUGCACUGUCCCCAGGCUCCAGCUCCUUCAGCAGCGUGCAGCCUUGCAUGGUGUCAGGGUCCGCCACAACAGUCCAGGCACAAGCUCCGGCUACUGCCCCAGUGCCUUCCGCAAGCAGUCUGCUACAAGGCUUAAGUUUCAGUCUUCACGACAUCAUCACCAAAACUAGCCUGCCCUCCACAGCAGCAAACACAAGCUGUGCCCAGGCAGCUUGUGGGAAGCCCCAGGGUCAGGUUCUGAGCAUGGUGGGUAACUGCAGCAGCAAUGGUAGUACUUUGUUACGGGCAGUACCUGUGGUCACCACAGGAGGAGUGGCUAAAACCACAGCCAUCCACCAGUUGCUCACCAAUGGCGGGCUGGCCAAACUCGCCAGCAGCCUUCCCGGUUUGGCUCACCUCACCAAUCAGACAGCUGUAGGACAGAAAGCCCCCACCUCUAUCACUGUGACACUGCUUGGAGCACAGACAAGUAGAGUGGGAUCUCUCAGCCCAGGUGGUGAGACUGUUACUCCAGCUCCUACCCAUGAUCCUAAGGUGUGUCAUAUGUAGCAUCUAAUAGGAAUAUUGAACACUGUGCCACUGUCUGUAUUCCACACCAAUGGUGUCAAAAGUAGAUACAAGCUCUUGCUUCAAUGGGUACAUUUUCUCACACCAAACUAUAUUUUCUACAUUACUGUUACAACGUAACAAUGCAAACCCUUGGUCCUCACUUUUCCUUUCUGAAGGCUUGAAAAAUGACAAUUCUCCAGUUUAGUUCAAACUAUGUGAAGGAGCAGCUUGAAGCUUCUUUCAACAGUGGUUUUAAACCAAACCACUCCAAAACAUUUGAGAAUGCUGUACAAACCACCCACACUGUGCAGGUUUGGACUGGUAUGGACUUGGUGAAAGCAGAUGAAGGAAGGACAGGUACUGUAUGUGACUGCCUGUCCAUACACUAACUUAAUACCGCGCUUUUACGAUGACUUAGGCAUUGGCAUUGACUGUUUUCCUUGAAAGCUCAUGUUGCACUGAGUUUGUAGCUACAUUAUGAGCAAGUAAAGACUGACAGAUUUAAAUUAAAAAAUGAAGACCAAAAACAACCCGCUACAUA